CUUCAAAACUUCUUCUUCUUCUUCUUCUUCUUCUUUUUUUUUUUUGAAACGCUGCGUAAAAAAAGUUGGAUCGUAAGAAAAAAAAAACUUCCUGACGUGUUUUUCCUGAAGCAACAAAGUGGGACGGACUUGGAUGUGCGUCAGGAUCUCCCGAUGCGGCGGCGGCAGUGAAGAGUCUGAGCUCUGCAGGAAAAACACACACAUCCACCAUGAGCAAGAAAGUUUGUGGAACGAACUACCCGCUCAGCAUCUGCUUCAUAGUGGUGAAUGAGUUCUGUGAACGCUUCUCCUACUAUGGCAUGAAAGCACUGCUGACGCUUUACUUUGUCAACUACCUGCACUGGGAUGAUGACCUCUCCACCGCUGUCUACCAUGCCUUCAGCAGCCUCUGCUACUUCACCCCCAUCCUGGGGGCUCUGAUCGCAGACUCCUGGCUUGGAAAAUUCAAAACCAUCAUCUACCUGUCCAUCGUCUAUGUAAUCGGUCAUGUGGUCAAGUCAGUCGGAGCCAUUCCUGAUGUGGGCGACAACAAUGUGCACAUUGCUCUGUCCAUGGUGGGGCUCAUACUCAUAGCCUUUGGCACCGGAGGCAUCAAACCAUGUGUAGCAGCAUUCGGAGGAGACCAGUUUGACGAGGAGCAUGUGACCGAGAGGCAGAAAUUCUUCUCCAUUUUCUACAUGUCAAUCAACGCUGGGAGUCUGUUAUCAACAAUCAUCACUCCUAUACUGAGAGGUGACGUACAGUGUUUUGGUGGGGACUGUUAUGCUCUGGCCUUCGGGGUUCCUGCAGCUCUGAUGAUAGUGGCUCUAGUUGUGUUCAUUGCCGGCAGUGGGCUGUAUAAGAGAACUCCUCCUCAGGGAAACAUCCUGCUGGAAGUCUGUAAUUGCAUUGGGUUUGCCAUCAAAAAUCGCUGGACUAGAUCCAGAUAUGACCCUCCAAGAAAGCACUGGCUGGACUGGGCUGCAGAGAAGUACUCAAAGCGUCUCAUCCAGGAAAUUAAGAUGGUUCUGCGGGUUCUGGUCCUCUACAUCCCACUGCCAAUGUUCUGGGCUCUGUUUGAUCAACAGGGUUCCCGCUGGACUCUCCAAUCCACCAGGAUGAACAUGGCUUUUGGAGAAACCUUCAUCAUUAAGCCUGACCAAAUGCAGAUGCUCAACGCUCUGCUGAUCCUUGUUUUUGUGCCCAUCUUUGACCUCAUCAUAUAUCCGCUCGUUGGCCUCUGCAAAAUCAACAUCACGCCUCUGAGGAAAAUGGCCACUGGAAUGAUUUUUGCAGCACUGGCCUUUGUAGCAGCUACACUGGUGGAGAUCAACGUUGUGAAAACAGUGGUGAAUCCUGCACCGGCAGAGAAAUGUCUAGUUCAGGUGUUGAACUUGGCAGGAAAUGACAUCAGUCUGAAACUCCCCGACAGCAGCCUCUUCUCACAGCCCAUCCAACACCUCCAGGACCCUGAUGGAUAUGUCACACUUCCACUGGGGGCAUCCCACAAAGAACUAUUAAUGAACAUUAGCUUUAACGAGAAGACCUCAGUGUGUAACCAGACGUUUUACCAGCGGCAGGCCUACACCCUCGUCGUAUACCCUGAACCCACAGGUAUCCAGUGCACCCUGGUGAAGGACAACAUCGAAAAAAAUAAAGAUGGAAAUCCUUAUCUGAGGUUCUUCAACACACUUCCAGAGGCUGUUAACCUGACUGUGGGCACUCAGGUUUUUCACAUGUCAGGUUAUAGCAUGUCUCCGAACUACACUGUGGACCGAGGAGAAUACCCAGAAGUCACCUGUAUCUACGACUCAAAUUCCUGUCCUCGUCUUGACCUGGGUCUGCUUGACUUUGGUGCUUCCUAUACAGUGGUACUCACCGAGGUGUCAGGUAAUAUUAUGGCUGACAAAUUGGUGGAUGUGAAAGCCAACAACGUGCACAUCGCAUGGCAGAUCCCCCAGUACGUCCUCAUCACUGCUGGAGAAGUCAUGUUCUCCAUCACAGGACUGGAGUUCUCCUACUCACAGGCUCCUGCCAACAUGAAGUCGGUCCUACAGGCUGGUUGGUUGCUCACUGUGGCCUUCGGAAACGUCAUAGUGCUGAUCGUGGCUGAAGGAGCUGGACUGGAACAGUGGACGGAGUUCCUGCUGUUUGCCGGUCUGCUGGUGGGUGUCUGCAUCAUCUUCUCCAUCAUGGCCUGCUUCUACACCUACGUCGACCCGGAACAGUUGGACAAGGUUUACCUCGAGGACUUGGGGAAAGACGAGGACGAGGACGACGGCAUGAAGAAACAGAAGAGUACCGACAUAGCACUGAGUAAACCGAGUAAGACCACCAGACUGUGAGUAGACCAUGGCGCCGCCCACCAUAGCUGACGUCAUGGCGACAAAAGGUGAAGUAUUAAAUGAGUUCAACAAGCACCGCAGGGAGGAGAACGGCUUUAAUCCAGGUUUCCUUCCGUCUUCUUUGUGAUACUGUUUCUCGUGAAAAUGAAGAAUUAAAAUGUGAUCAUUGGACAUUUCUUGUGUUUUGUGUCACACGGAUUUUGUGAAACCUUGGUAGUGAAUGUGACUGCCUACCUUAUGAAAUGAAAGUGUUUAAAAAAAGAAAAAAAAAAAAGAAGGAACAUACUGAUUCCCCCCACUUUAUCAUCAGUGUAUAGUGUAAUUAUUACACUUAGAGCCUGAUUUACUAAAGGUUUAUGCGUGUAAAACCAUGCACAAACUUGACUGCACAUGCAAAACUAUGUUGAAGCUGAUCUACUAACAGGACACACGUCUCUCAGAUGGACAAAAUAGCUCGUGCAACCUAUUUAACGUUUUUGCCUUGAAUAUGCAAUGUGGGCGUUUCUGCCAGAACACGCAAAAUUAUUGGGAGGAGUAAAUGCAAAUAUUUAUUUAGCGUGCGGAAUGUGAUUCACCAAAUCUGAAACCGAUUGCAGCGGCUAAUUUUGCGUUUAUAUUUUGCACGUCUGAAAGGCAGGUUUUAAGUGGCACCAGUGAUGGAGCUAGACUUUUAUCUUUGGGGUGUCCAGAGGGUGGCCAAGGCUAUUUCAGGGAGUCCACAGACUAUGACAAUGAAUUUGUUUCUCAAACAAUCAAUUGCAAUCGGAUUCUCUAAAUGUUGAAAUAUAUUGAAGUACAUAUUAAGCACCCUGAUUACAACCAAUUAAUUAAAUGCUGU